UCUCUCUCUCUCUCUCUCUCUACAAUUGAAUUGAAUUGAAUUGAAUUGAAGAAGGUGAGCUGAUCCUCAAUAUCCUCGCACUGCAUGAGGUACCGAUUCAUAUUGCAUCUAUAACCCCUGCUUCUUCUUCUAUCAAAUCCCUCAAUUCUCCUCUUGGUCGUCUUUCCUUUUCGUUUAAUUCUACUCCCCUUUUAUGGUUUCUGUGUUUUAAUUUCUUCAACCCCUGUCAAUUUUUCUAAUUAUAAUAAUAAGAACACAAAAAAGGGGGAAAAAGAAAGAGAAUAUGUGGGGUCGGUCUUCAAGAAAUGGAAGUUUGAGGCCUGAAAAUAUGGGCCAAAAUGCAUUAGCAAUUACAGGGAACCUCUGUUUCACUGCGUUUGUAAUUGGUGUGGUAAUAUUCACCAUAAUCGCCGCCAAUUACCCCGCCGGAGACCCCUUGUUCCACCCUUCCUCAAAGAUGACUAAUUUCCUCACUUCCAAUUCCAAUCCCACCUUCCAAUCUGACUCUGGUUCUGUUAAGACCGGCGAGGACUUUGCCGCCGUUGGCUCCAAUGAGAGAGGAGCAUUCUCGGCGUUCAUCAACAUCUCCGAUGUCGAUUCUGUUGGGACUGGCGUCGAAGAUUCCAACCGUGAUUGUGUCGUCAGUGACCCGAUCGAUUGCCGUGAUCCCGAUGUUUUCCACUUGUUAAUGAGGGCUACGAUUGAAAAGUUCAAGGACAUUCAUUUCUACCGAUUCGGGAAGCCCGUUAGAGGAUUAAAUGACAGUUCUUGCCACAUGGCGUGGCGGUAUAGGCCAAAGGAUGGGAAGGUGGCUGCAUUUAACAAGGAUUAUCGGAGUUUUAAGGUUGAGAGGUCUGAGAAUUGCACGAUGAGCGUGGUUGGUAUCGGAGAGUAUCAUUCCGGUGGGAAUGCGAGGAAGAAGAAAGGAAAUGGGAACAAGGAAAAGGGGAAAGACGAAGAUGUAUUUGAGAAGGUGGCUGUGAAGGAUGUUGGGGAAACAAUGAACGAUGCACUUCCCGAGGUUGAAUCGGAGGGUUCGUUUAGCGAUGGCAAGUAUUUGGUUUAUUCUGGUGGUGGCGAUCGGUGCAAGAGCAUGCAUCAAUAUCUGUGGAGUUUCACUUGUAUGCUAGGGGAGGCGCUGUAUUUGAACCGAACUCUAGUUAUGGAUCUCAGCUUUUGUUUGUCGAAGAUGUACUCGUCUUCGGGUCUUGAUGAGGAAGGUAAAGAUUUCAGGUUUUACUUCGACUUUGAGCAUUUGAAGGACUCGGCGUCCGUGCUGGAUCAAGAUCAGUUUUGGAAAAGUUGGAGCAAAUGGCAACAAAAAAACGGAUUGAGUCUCCAUCUUGUGGAGGAAUUGAGAGUGACGCCUAUGAAGCUAGCUGAGGUUAAGGAUAGUUUAAUCAUGAGGAAAUUCGGAUCCGUUGAGCCGGAUAAUUACGGGUACAGAGUUUGUGAAGGUGAGACGGAAUCCGUUAUUCAACGGCCGUGGCAUAUGAUUUGGAAGUCGAGGCGGCUGUUGGAUGUGGCUUCUGCUAUUGCAUCAAGAAUGAAUUGGGAUUUUGAUGCCGUGCACGUCGAGAGAGGGGAGAAGGCAAAGGACAAGAAUCUUUGGCCGAAUCUCGAUAGAGAUACUUCGCCAGAGGCUCUUAUGGCAACUUUGGAAGGCAAAAUUGAACAUGGGAGGAAUCUUUACGUUGCUACGAAUGAGAGAGAUUUAUCAUUGUUCGAUCCUUUGAAGGAGAAGUACUCGACGCACUUUCUUGAAGAGUAUAAAGAUCUGUGGGAUGUUAAGAGCGAUUGGUACGAUGAAAUGAAGAGGCUGAACAAUGGAAACACUGUCGAGUUUGAUGGUUAUAUGAGGGUAUCUGUUGAUUCUGAAGUGUUCACAAGGGGUAAAAAGCAGAUCGAGACUUUUAACGAUCUCACUAAGGACUGCAAGGAUGGUAUUAACACGUGCACAUCAUCGGGCAGCUAAUUUAAUCGGAGGUUUGGAACUUUCUAGAAGAUGCUGGUUUGGGGGAGAUCCCAUGUUUAGUCCCGUGUGUUUCGUAUCUGGUUUAAGGUUAAGUCGAUAAAUUGUAGGAAUGUUGGGUAGUUUAAAGAGGUAGAUUAGUUUGAUCAACUGAUGUUUGCUGCCACGUUCAGACAAUUUCUACGUGUUUGUAUUUAGUUUUUCACUAUCUUAUCUUUGGAUUAGUUGAGCAGUAAUUUCCUGUGUUAUGCUCUAGUGUGUUGUUAUCUUGGUAUGUGCAUUUCUGCGUGUUGGAUGAGGAAAAAAUUAAGAACAAUCAAAUUGUUUCAUUC